AUGGCAUUAUUGGCCAACGAGAAUGCUUCACUUAAUCCAAUGUCAUUUUCAGAUCAACAUGGAAGUAUAGUAUUUGAACGAUUACGGUAUCAACGAGAUACGGGCCGAUUUUGUGAUGUUGCACUAUUCGUCAAGGAACGACAAUUUGCUGCACAUCGAAAUAUAUUGGCAUCGUGUAGUCCAUAUUUUGAUUCGAUAUUUAAAUAUUCUAAAAUAACAAAAGAACAGGUUACUGUGAACAGCGAGCAUCCAGUAAUAUUUGAAUCUCUAUUAAAUUAUAUGUACAGUGGAUCGAUUAUCAUUGAUAAAAGCAAUGUUGCUGAACUUUUACGGUUAUCCAAUAAUUUUUUAAUAUUCAAAUUGAAAUUAUAUUGUACAGAAUAUCUAGAUAGAUACCUUGACGCAGGUAACUGUUUAGCGAUAAUAAAUUUAGCCACUCGGUACAAUGUACCAUCAUUGUUAAAGACGGCAUCAGAUUAUUUUGAUGUGAAUGUAAAUAGAUGUCUCCUUGAGGCCUUGGAUAUUGGAACUUACAAUUAUCCUCAACUCAUCAAACUAAUACAAGAUCCGAAAUAUGUUGAUGUUAUAACAGCAGAUACCUAUUUAAAACUUAUCGUUCGUUGGGUCGGAGAAGAGCAAUCCACUCGGGAACUAUCUUUUCGCCAUUUAGUAGAACGCGUCAAUUUUCGAGAAUUAUCGCAAGAAACGCUUGAUUUUUUGUUGGAUUAUUCACCGCUUCUUGCGAAAAGCCCACCGAGCAGAUAUCUUAUUCUUCACUUGAUGAAUGAAAACGAUAUGCUCGGCGAAAAAUAUGCGGCUCAAUUUUCGACAUUGCGACAAUCCGUCGAACUCCCUAUUCUUUAUGAUCCAAUGAUUUUCUUGACUGAAGAAGGAUCCAGCGACGAGAUGGAAGAUGAAGAAAUGGAAUGUCCCGUUGAAGGACAACCGACGACAGCGCAAAUUAUUGAACAAGACAGCGAUGGAAAUCCAAUUCUUAAAUUGAAGAUUCAUCAACCCGCGCUGGUUAAGAGAUUCAAGAAACCACGAUUCCUAUUAAAACGAAAUGGAAGACCUAGAGAUGUGAUUCAAGAAAAUGAAAUGAUCCCUAUGGUUGACGACGAUGAAAUUGAUGGCGUAUAUGCGACAAGUGCUUUAGAAGGAGCUCAUACAUAUGGACCUGUUGAUCUAUUGGAUCCAGAUGACGUUUCUGAUGGUGAAGAUAUUCAAGUUGAUAAUGGUGGAUUUGUAUGUGUUUAUUGUGGUUUUGUAACAGAAAAUGAAACGUUGCUGGAAAAACAUCGGGCUCGCGCACACAAUCGGAACACAUUUUAUUUAUGCCAUCUUUGUGAAUUUGAGACGAAUUGGAGUAAAGAAUUCUAUCAGCAUUGCCAGGAACAUUGGACCGAACUCCCGUACCAAUGCGAAUCUUGUUCUUAUAGUUCGCCGAGUUCCAUUCAAGAUUACCUAGUUCAUCGAUUAACACACACAAAAAAUCGAUAUUUCAAAUGUGGAGAAUGUGCUUGGAAGGGUCGAACGCGGUCACAACUAUUUGCCCAUGAAAGAAUGCACAGUGUGCUUGAUAAUCGACCAUUGCAUUGCGAAGAGUGUGGGCGUGGUUUUCAUGUACAUACCGCGUUGGAUCAACACAUCGCAACUCACAACGAUCACAGGAGUCUUAUAUGCGAAGAUUGCGGAUUCGCCACAAAAACGGCAAAUUCUUUGGCGAUGCACAGGCGACAACAUACCGGAGAUGUAUUCUUCUGCCAUAUUACUGGAUGUGAAUAUUCGACGAAUAAGAAAACACAACUCGCUGCUCAUCUUCGCACACAUAUGGCAGUCCGUGCUCAUAUGUGCAAGAUUUGUGGCCGUGGAUUCAUCGAGAAAUCUCAUCUUGUUCGACAUGAACGAAUUCAUCUGGAAGACAAGCCAUUUAAAUGCGACACAUGUGAAUAUGCAUCAAGUCGAAGGGAUAAACUUAAAGAACACAUAUUGAAACAUCAUAACGGGCAAACAACAUCAAAAGCUCAACGAAGGCGGUAUAAACGACAAAGAAUGCUGGCACAGGCAACGAGUAUUGUUGAAAGCAAUGCGAGCCGGAUACUUCCGAAUGAUUCUCAAUUCCGUCCGAUUCCUAUCGAUGAAUCCGUAUCACGGUGGACACAAUCUAAUGAUUUUGGGGCAUAUUCACCAAGUGGUCCGAACGAAUUCGAAGACACGAAUGCCACCCGUUUCUCACCACCAACCCGUUCUUUCUCCGUUACAAAUCCACCUAUUCAACAUGCUCCUCUUUCUCCUGGUUGCAUGUCAAUGAUGAACGUUCCCCUUCGCGAAGCCGAACCUUCAAUGUCUGGUGCUCUCAUAACACCAACUCCUCGAUCACCGCACAAUCAUAGCGCUGACUACUUCGUAUCCGCGAAUAAUGGUCCUGACAGCCAGCAAAGGCCGCUUAGUUUACCUAAUUAUGGUCAAUUGGAUGCUCAACAACAACAACAACAACAAUCUAUACCCCCGCCAAACGAUCAAUGGUGGUAA